CUCUUUUUUCCCGAGAGCAACUAACUCCAGCUUUUAAUCUCAUCUUUUUCACCAACCGCUGUUUCUGUUGUCGGCUGUUUUACUUCUGUUUCGAUUUUUUUAGAAAUUCUUGUUUAUUUUGGGGGGUGGAUUUCUAAUUAUGGAGAAUCUCUUCAGAUUCGUAUUAGCCUAAAUAUUUAAAGACUCCUUACUAAAUUACUUUAACCAUUAUUAUUCUAAAUAGCGCAAUUUGACCGACCACGUCCAUUUUCCAUAGCGAGGACGUAAAAGGCAGAGAAUUUAAAGAAAGCGGCAGGUCUUUCUGAGAAUUUGGUAGGCGAAAUUCGUCGCUACGAAUUGGUGGAGGGUCUUAUCGCUCUAUUGCAGCAAUAAUAACUAACGUGAAUCUUUUCUGAAAUCCCACCUUCCUGCAAAUCUGUAUUCCAGAACUGAGUCCCAGCAGAAUAGUUUACAUUCCUCAGAAGACAGUAAGAGACUAAGAGAAUUGCAAAGACCUGCUAUAUUGUAGAUGAAAACAGAAUGUUAUUACGUUGUCUAUAUAUACCCUGUAGAACCGAAUUUGUGUGAUAUUCAUAUAGUCACAGAUUCGAUUCUAGGGGAAUAUAUGGUCGAUGCAAAAACUUCACCUUUCUGCAAAUGGUUAGAAGUUAAAAUACUGGCGGAAUCAAGAGGCAUGUGCGUGCUGAACACUCAGAAAUUAUAAAAGUUUGGUGCCUCGCUUCUAUUCGCUAGGUUUUAGGACGUUUCUUAAAACUUCAGUUCUCGUUCAGUCCUAACUCUCACUGACAAUCUGUGAAUUUAAACAGUUAAACUCACCAGAAGUUACAAAUUUUCUGGGGAAAAAAAAAAAGAUAUUAUCUACCAAUCAGUGAAUGAGUCUUUUAUAAGAUACUCAUAAAUUAGCUAGAUAUGCCAGACGUUAGCAAAAUUUCCCUGUCAAGGGUCCAGAUCGCAUCAAAAUAUUUACGACAGCAGCAAAAGCAGCAUUCGCCUCACUGGAAUGUAUUUACUUGUGCUCCAGGAAUCAUAUUGAUGAAUGAAGACCGAAUUUAUCUCAUUAAACCCGUGAUAUUUUUAACCUAAUUAAAUGACGUCUCUAGUUCAAUUGAUUGAACUUUAGUGGUUAAAAGUGAACUCUUUCUUGCCAUCUGUAUGAUUUUACAUGCAUGCAUGUAUAGAUUUAGAAAUACACGUUGGCGUUUGCAUCUGUGCACGCACACGUAUGCACACGUAUAUAUUGAGGCUUGAAAGUGAAUGAGAAGUUACUGAUUGCCUAAUUUUAUUCAGCAGAACUAAAUUCUGGUAACUUUUGGAUGACCUCUGCUAGACAAAGACAGGACAGAUCUAUUGUACGUCAUAUUACCCUCUUCUUUGAUGGCUUUUCUUUUCCUCGCCUGCUUAUCAGUUUCUUCCCUUUUAACCCCGCUUCAGCUCAUCGCUCUGUAUAUUCCUUUCGAUCCUUUUUCUUAUUUUAUUUAAAGCGAGGUAGCAAGCCCCGGUGGCGAUCCUGGCUAGCAGAUCAGGCGGCAGGGCAGCAUCCCCCGGGGCUGGGGAAGGCGGCUCAGACAAAAGGCUGUGGGCAGGGCAGCGGCCGCCGCCCCGGGGUACCCCGACACCUCCGGUACCUGGUUUGCGGGUGCGGCCCGCCGGAGAGGGGGGUCACUCGCUUAGAGGGAUGUUAUUGAGUGGAAUCGCUGGAAAUGCGGGGAAAUGCGGCGGUGGGCGCCCGGCUCCCCAUUGGCCGGGCCGGUCACAUGCCCGCCUAACUUUAUUCAGUUGACAGCAAGUAGGAGGGCUCUAUGGCAGGGGAAAAAAAGACAACACGAGAAAAAUUAGUAUUUUCUACCUUCAGAAAUUAAUGGCCAUGAGUUCGUAUAUGGUGAACUCUAAGUAUGUGGAUCCCAAAUUUCCUCCUUGCGAGGAAUAUUUGCAGAAUAGCUACUUAGGCGAGCAGGAGGCCGAGUACUACAGUGCCUCGCAGGGCUCUGAUUUCCAGCACCAGGGACUCUACCCACGGUCAAACUACAGCGAGCAGCCCUAUAGCUGUAGCAAUGCCCAGGGCUCUGCCGGGCAGCCGCGGGGUCACGGACAGGAGCAAUCCGGCCCGGCGAGCCACUUCCCCGGCCCGGCAGAGCAUUGUCCACCGCCUCCAAUGCCCAACCCGCGAGCCUGCAGCCAGCAGCCGGCCCUCAAACCCCCAAACGGCUCCGCAGUUAAGCAGCCAGCAGUAGUUUAUCCCUGGAUGAAGAAAGUCCAUGUUAACUCGGUGAAUCCCAAUUACAACGGAGGGGAACCUAAACGCUCCCGCACAGCUUACACCAGACAGCAAGUCCUAGAACUGGAAAAAGAAUUUCAUUUUAACAGGUACCUGACCAGGCGCCGCCGUAUCGAGAUAGCCCACACUUUGUGUCUCUCUGAGCGCCAGAUCAAGAUCUGGUUUCAGAACAGAAGAAUGAAGUGGAAAAAAGAUCACAAACUGCCCAACACGAAGGGCAGAUCUUCUUCCUCUGGUUCAAACCCCCAUUUACAAACUGGUUCCAAGGACCAUCAGACUGACUUGACAACUUUGUAGAAGAGGUGAAAUUUUCCAUUUCAUCCUUCGCUUCUGACCAGUACUGUACAUAAGUGACACUGCCCAAGCAGAACCUGCAUGUAGCAGCUAAGGACACGAGAAACUGUCAUCUUUCUUUAAGGUACUGUUGUACAAAGGAGACAAAAUGACGCUACUUUGGACUUUAUUUUAUUUGCCUCUGCUGGCACAACUUAAAAAAGGAAAAUAAAAAAAAAGGGGGGGGGAAAGAAAGAGAGAGGGAAAAACAAACAAACAAACCAUCAUGCAGGCAGUGGGAAUUGGGAAAAUAUUAAAUGAGACCUUCUGUCCUUAAAAAAUAAUAAAUCAUUGAAAGUGAAACUGUCCUGUGUUUCAGUUUUGAAUUCUGAAGUGAAGAUUGGAUGUUUUAUUCUGGGAUUUAUACUUUUAAUUGUCUUUUUGUCCCAUACAAUUUCAGGAGGAUGCAUUUUGGGCAAGUUGAGGACAGGAAAUUCAUAGCAUAGUCUUUUAUUCCAACAUAAAGACUAGUAAUUGUGAACUUCUUUUGUGCUGCUUUACCUUUCUCGGUGUAAUGAAAAUUUUUGCUCAUUUCCAUAACGUCUCAGAAAGUGUGCAUAGAAAUGAAGUGAAAACGGGUUAUUUUAUGUUCUGGUAAUGUUCGUGUAUUUAUUUAUUUGUUACAUAGAAGAAUGAAGACAAAAAGAAAAAUAGUCAAACCAAAAACGAGGAAGGGGAGCCGAAAUACAGUAUUUUUCCUUCCUAGUCUCAUGAACACAUAUGUAAUGUUUACUUGUCUUGAACGUACACAACUUUCUUGUCCCCCUCCCCCCCUUUUUUUUUCUUUUUCUUUUUUUUUUUUUUUUAAUUUCCUUCUUUGUGAAUAGGAAAACAGUCCCUGCUCCUUCCCGUGUGCCAUCCAGAGCUAACAGGCUUGAAAUCUGUUUCCAAAGUCUGCUCUGUUCAGCGCUGUGCUUUAAACCAUCGAUACCUCAUUUAAAAAUGGAAAGAGAAAAAGAAAA